AUGAAGCCCACCUCAAAACCCUCCAAGCGCAUGAAGGGUACUAAGGACACCAAUGAGUCUGCCAAAACAAGGACCCAGUCUCUCCCACAACUACUGCCUCGUCCUUCAAUAGAGGACUAUCCAAAAACCCCAAAUCCUACGAUGAGCUCAUCCAGAGACCUGGUCCCACCAUCCGGGCUCAAUCGCCUACCACCUCCGCUGACAAUGUCAACAACCCUCCCCCCGCUACCUGCCGGAUGGGAAGGCACAGAGGACAUGAAGCUGUGGCUACACACCAAAAUGGAAGAAGACCGGCGCAAGCAGCAAGAAGAAAAGACAUACCAGGCUACCUUGGUGCUGGAACAGCGGCGGAUUGAGCAGUCAAUAUUGUCGGAUGCCCUGCGCGCUGGUGUCCCACCGAAACUGGUCCCAUUAAUCUUCAACGGAAUCUAUACAACUGGUGCCAAUCUCCAAUUGGCAGCUGAACUGCAGAGCCAGUGGUCUGCACCGGCUUCCAUAUCUGCUGAACAUCCUGCGAUGCCCCAACAGCAAAAUAAUCCGGGCCCUGCGCCGCCUGCAAAGCUCCCAGUUGCACUCCAGCCGCUUCGGCAGGAUCCUAAACAGCCUCCUCGAGCACAAGUUACUGACUUACCACCGGCGGCCACAGACCAUCUGCCGGGAACGCGCGACUCUCGAUGGUCGGAAGCUACAUCCCGUUUACAUCGAGACCGAGUGAUAAGCUCUGAGCGAGAGCAGCUGAGGCGCAAGCUGAAAUCCCAGAACGUAGAGUUCGCUGACAUGGACUUGUUGGAUACAGCCUUCGAACACACAUUUCCUGUUACAAGCUCUAUGCUCGAGGCCGAGCCCUCUCGACAUUUGGCUGGUCUUCCCGACAAGGCUUCUGGGACGCGGGAAAAACGACAGCAAGCCCCUCAGAAAGUUCACACUAGGUGUUCACUGCAAUCCCGGUCAAAACCCCAACAGCAACUACAAAUUCCGCUGAGCAGUUCUGCCAAUGCCUCCAAUGCCCCAUCUCACGUUCACCCGGAGCAAGCAACCCCCCCUAGCCCGAAGCGAAAGGACCAGAGGUCGCACAAGAAAGUCCCUCCACCUCAAUUCCGUCGAAGUGAGACUGCGCCCGGUCAGCAAGACUCAUUCGACAAAGCAGACUUUCUUCAUCAGAAACAACAGCAGCGUGAUUUAUCCAGCUCUCACGAAUCCCGCACCUGUGAGGGUGGUUCUUCUGAGCAACCAUCGGAGUCGACCCCGGUUUCAGUAGGGAAAUUCAGUGCAACUCCAGCUGAAGAAGUUCAAAAGCAAUCGUCUCACCCCCAAAGCUCAUCUGAUGCUGUCGAUGCAUCAAAUCCUAUGCAAGACACGGUUGCAGGCAUCAAGUCGGAGUGA